AUGCGCUCUCUCUCUCUCUCUCUCUCUCUCUCUCUCUCUCUCUCUCUCUCUCUCUCUCUCUCUCUCUCUCUCUCUCUCUCUCUCUCUCUCUCUCUCUCUCUCUCUCUCUCUCUCUCUCUCUCUCUCUCUCUCUCACACACACACACACACACUCGCACUCUCUGCGCAGUUAAAAGUGCUGGUGACGGGGAGGCGUACGACUCGACGCAGGGGACAUCUGUCAUGGCCAAGAAAGCCGGUGGCGGUCGCCGCGACCGGGCAAACAGAAAUGCGCCCAAAAAGCAGAGCAUCGGCCUGCUCUGGGUCUUCCUGGGCGCCUUGGGGGUCUUUGCUGGCUUUUACGGCCUCAUCACCCUCACCGAGGCCAUGCGACCAGCGCACUUGGAACGGCUGCCGCUCAUCUCCAUGCCAACGGACGAAAAGUACAAGGCCGUGGUUCGGGAUGAGAACCUGCGCAAGGCCCUAAUCAGCAAGCGGCGAACCCCAACGGAGGAACGCGCUUACCAGGAUGGUUACGAGAAGAACCAGUUCAACCAGUGGAUCUCCGACCAGCUUCCCCUGCAGCGCCGCGCCUGGGAUACCCGCCAAGUGGACUGCCUCAAGCGCGAACACUACAACAUUGAUUCCCUCCCCACCGUCUCGGUGAUUAUCAUUUUUUACAAUGAAGCUCGCUCCACGCUCAUGCGCACCGUCUGGUCGGUCCUCGACCGCACCCACCCUACCCUGCUCAAAGAGAUUAUCCUUGUCGACGACCACAGCAGCAUGGAACAUCUCGGCCAGCCACUCGAAGACGAGGUUGCAGCCACCCCCAAGACCAAGCUGCUCCGCCUCGACAAGCGCUCGGGCCUGAUUCGGGCCAAGGUGCACGGCGCCCUCAAUGCCGUCGGUGACGUCAUUCUUUUCUUGGAUAGCCACUGCGAAGUCAAUGACGGCUACCUCGAGCCCUUGCUCGACCGCAUCUACCGCAACCGCAAGACGGUUGCGAUGCCCAUCAUCGAUGCCAUCGACUUUGAAACCUGGGAACAUCGCACCGGCCUCUUGGAGCGAGGCGUCUUUGAUUGGACCCUCACCUUCAGCUGGAAGAUGCUCAGCCCCAUGCAGGAAGCGGAGCGUGCCGAUGACCCCUUGGCCCCGUUUACCUCCCCAGCCAUGGCCGGCGGCCUGUUUGCCAUGGAUCGUAAGUUCUUCUUUGAGAUUGGGGCCUACGACAUGGGUAUGGACACCUGGGGCGGCGAGAACAUUGAGAUGUCCGUCCGCAUCUGGACCUGCGGCGGCGUCAUUGAGGCCGUGCCGUGCUCCCACGUUGGCCAUGUCUUCCGCCAAAAGACUCCCUACAAGUUCAAGGACAAGGAUCCCCUCAAGACAAUUGGCCGCAACCUCAACCGCGUGGCCGAUGUCUGGAUGGAUGAUCACGCCGACCUCUACUAUGCCAAGACCGGCCACCGCUAUCUCGGCCAUGGCAACACCACUGCCCUCGAAGAGCGCCUCGCAUUCCGUCGUGAUAACCAGUGCAAGUCCUUUUCUUGGUAUCUCAAAAAUGUUUUCCCUGAUUUGGAGCUGCCACAAAACUUGAUUGUUCUCAAUGCCUCGCGUUUUCCCACACUGGCCUGCCCCAAUGUGCGGCGUCCGUGGUAUGCACGCCGCUGA